AACCCCCUACACACGUCGAAAGCGGGACUUCCACAUACGCCGCGAUGGUCGCGUGGGGUUGAAGGGGGGGAGGAAAGGGCUGUGCUUCGGCCUUGUCGAAGAUGCGCGUCCGAGGAGGCUCUUUGCGAUAGCGGAUAGAGGAAAACGAGCGUGCGAAGCGGGACGACGUUGUUGUUUCUCGUCUGGUUCGAAGUUUUAUCGAGAGUCCGAGCGAACGCCGUCGCCGCCGCACCGGCUUGGCUCGUACGUCUCUUUUCGAGACCUGCGCGCGAUUUGGGAAAUCCAAUCGUUCUCUUUCACUCCUCUUGCCGCGCUCUCAGUCGCGCUACAAGUGCUACAACGCGGUCCAGUCCGAUCCGGUCAGGCGCUCGUCAGUCGCGAGACGUGAUUCUCGACUGAUGCGGCGCGGUGCUUUCGAUAGUUCCUCCAGCCCAGUGCAGCGCGCUUAGCCGGCACAACGACACCGCGACACUCGGAUACGUGAUUCCUCUUCCUCGUCGAAAGCGAAGCGAGCGUGAUAUCAGUGGGUGUAAUCUCCGUGCGCGGCUUUUUUUUUCUCGUCCAACAACCGAACGAGUCUGUAACUGAGGGGAAAAAAAAAAGCAGAGCCCCUUCGGGAACAUCGGUGUGUCCCCCUUUCGACUGUUCAGUUUCUGGCCCGAUCGUCGGCUAAAGUGAAGUCGUAGAGAGCAAAGUGCAGGGGGGGAAGAGAAGCGUCGCAUCUACGAUUGUGCUUUAUUGAUGUUACGGAGUUUCGGAGUUGCUUGCCAGGCUUACUCACCUUUCUUCUCGUCGUAGCGUAGCGUUGUGACAAAUUUGUGUCUGCGAAUCACGUACUUGCGACUGGAUAUACUUGUUUCGUGUCAAGUGUGCGUGUCAAGUGAACGUGCUGCCAAGGAGGAACGUGUCCUCGUGCACGUCUCUGCCGCGUGUUUCUCUCCACCCGCGGACCAAAUGUCGCUCAUCUCCGUCCUCGAGCCAGUGGAUGACAGAGAGCCACCAGUCGGCCGGUUUGCCUCCAGAAGGAAGAGCGUUUUCGCAGAGACUUACAAUCCCGAGGAAGAUGAGGAGGAUGACGGCUUCAAGAUGGUCCAUCCAAAGAGUGAUGAGCAGCGACAAAGGCUCAGUGACAGCGUCAAGAACAUACUCCUGUUUCGCGCUCUAGACGAGGAACAAAUGGCGGACGUACUGGACGCAAUGUUCGAAAAAAUCGUUCAACCGGGAGAAUUUAUUAUCCGACAGGGCGACGAUGGUGACAACUUUUAUGUGAUCGAGAGAGGAAAAUUCGAUGUAUAUGUCAAAGAUCCCGCCACAGCAAAAGAUAAUCACAUUCACACUUACGAUAAUCGCGGUGCUUUUGGAGAAUUGGCCCUUCUAUACAAUAUGCCCAGAGCAGCCACUGUCAAAGCUAUCACAACUGGCACACUUUGGGCCAUGGACAGGCAAACCUUUCGACGUAUUCUCCUUAAAUCCGCGUACAAGAAGCGUAAAAUGUACGAGCAGCUUAUUAAUAAAGUACCGAUGUUGAAGUCUCUGGAGGCUUACGAACGAAUGAAUUUAGCGGAUGCUCUUGUACCGAAACAGUAUUCCGAUGGUGAACAGAUAAUCAGGCAAGGCGACAGCGCAGAUGGAAUGUACUUCGUCGAGGAUGGCGUCGUCAGAAUCACCAGACUCGGCGAGCACGGCCGUGAAAUUGAGAUUAAUCGUGUUCCGGCUGGCGGUUAUUUAGGCGAGCUGGCACUCGUGACGCAUAAACCACGCGCCGCUUCGGCCUACGCUGUGGGGGACAUCAAACUGGCAUUUUUGGACGUUGACGCUUUCGAACGUUUGCUCGGCCCGUGUAUGGAACUUAUGAAACGUAAUAUCGACGAUUACGAGGAACAACUAGUCAAAAUUUUCGGCAGCAAAACCAACAUCUCUGACAUUCGAUGAACUGUUUUUGGGCAGAGCCACGUCGCCGUGCUGCUGUACUAAAGGACGCGACACUUUCGUACGGCAUAUAAUGUAUUACGAGCACAAAAGAACUUGUACCACCUACUUCUGAAUCUCAUCCCGCGUGUUUCGGGUAUCAUCUCGGAGUCAACAACUGUUUCGUAUGAUUGUUCACUUAGACGUAUACUGAUUAAGAUUCGUCGAUAAUAGUUACCAAGUUUAUACCUACGACACACAUUGAACAAAGCUAUAGGCUGCUCGAUUAUAUGCGCGUGUACAACGUAUAACAACAUAUUAAUGACUAUUCUCUAAGACUGUUGAAUCAAAAAGAGAGAGUAUUAGUGCAUUCUGUUACACGCUCGAUCGUUUGUGAAAUGAAUACUUUAUUUAUUAUUGCCCCAGUGAAAGAUUGGAAUAGAAUAUUUCAAAGACUACGCGACACAAAGUAUUACUAUAAUAUUUAACUUGUCCCCAAAAUGAGAUUCAAGUUUAUCUCGAUGUAUUCAAUCUAUAUGCUCAUAUAAUUCAUGUGUACUCUCGUACCAUAUAUCCAUUUUUCAACAAUGGCUACAUUUGUAAGGCAUAGUAAGAGUCUAGAAUAUUCGAAAUCGAAUGCUCUUUUAACGCUACUCUCUGGCAAAGGAUAAAUUACAAAAGAAACGACCACAUUAGUAAUUGAAUAUUGACAUUGAUUAUUGAAGAAUCUCUUGCAAGAUUUCUACGAAAUACCCUAUAUACAUAUAUGCAUAUCACUCUUUCGGAGAUAAUGAAAGUAACAUUGCCAUUUUUAAUGAAACAGAACUGUACAAUAUUCUUUGAUACACUCAUUUAACAAUGUAAUAUCUUAAUAAAAUAUCAGAUCAGACAAUCAAGAUUUUGUCUAUGAUUCGCGGCAAGUAAUAAAUAUGCACCUUGCGAAUGAAUAUGCACAUACACGUACAUGAAUACGCAUCACAUGCACAUAAUGGCGAGAUUAUUUUCUAAUUCAUAAUGUUAAUUUAAUGUCAAUUUUUUAAAUAUAAAUUUGUUGACUGUUGUAUAUAAUUAUUUUUUCUGUAUAUUAAUAUAUCUUUCAUGUUGAAAACAAUUUAUAUUAAAAUUCACAGAAGAUGUAGCUUUGUACAUAAUUAUUUAUUAGUACAUAGCUUAUAUCACAUUAAUAGAUUUUUACUAAAAAAAUGGAUUGUUUUUUAGUAAUAGAAAAAUAAAUUCUGAUAAAAAAUUUUAUAUAUGUUAUUAUUAUCUAUUAGUAAAAAUUGUUAAACUCCAGAGUCGUUCAAACGCAUUCUAUUUCGGAUAUAGAGUACUCUCAAAAAAUGCGAGAAAAUUCAGGAUUAAAGGAGCCUUAAAAUUGACUUAAAUGCGCGGAUAUAACGAUGCAAAACGAAUGUGUACGUUGAGCGUGUACAUGUACAAAGUAAUAUAAAAGAAAAAGAAUAUAUAUAUAAUAAAAUGCAUAUUUAAAUGUGAAAUGAGAAAAAGAGGCAUAACAUUUUCUAAUUGCUUUGUACUUGUAUCAGAUUAGGUAAAUUUUAGCAUAAAAGGAUAACCGUGCGUUUAAGCCAACGUUAAAUUCAAGUGUGUCUUGCCGAUAAAUAAUGGUAACUCGAAGAUCAAUUACGAGAACCCGACAACUUAUUUUUAUUACAUGUGUACAAGAUACGUUAUGCAUAUGAUGAUAUACGUCUAUCAUCGUGAUAAAGUCCAGUCGAAAACCAAUUCGAUUAUAGUAUGGACAAGUGCGAAUACUAGUCACUUUUUAUGGCCGUGUUUUUGUCACGCUCUCUUCUGACAAUUACAUCGGUCGCGGAAAAAAAAGAAAUGAUACUUUUUAUUACGUGAGUCGUGUAUUUACUACGUGACUGAAACUCGCGAUGGAGUGGCAGGGCUUUUUAAAUAAUAUCACAAUCGUGUGAGGGAGAAAAGGGAGACUAGUAUGAAAGUGUAAAAUAAAGAGAGAAUAGCAUAAGAAUUCUUAAUAACUGGUGUAUUAUCAAUUGCUCUUCACUUGUGGCAUUGACGCCUUGCAUGGUCUUAAAUUUUUUUCUUUCCAUGCAUGCGGCUCAUUCUCUUAUAAACAGUUUAAUCAAAUCUCGUGGAAUUUUUCAAAAAUGGUUAAAUUAAAUGGAUAUCAAACUUGAACACAAUCUGAAGAUAAUUCACAUUUUAACGUUAACAGUUGAAAAGUUUGUUUGCAAUGUAAUAUCAAUAUCUUUAGUCUUCCACUGUAUCUCCAGGCUGUGAUAUUAUUUUCGACUGAGUAUUUCAUUCCUUUCUUGUAAUCUCUUACAAGAAAAAUAAAAGAAUAUCGUAAUCGUUAUCGAAUUCGCGAGGCAUCAAACUGAACUUAUUUUAAAUGAUUCAACCGAUGUAUCUCUUAUAUAUGUAAGUACGACAGAGAUUUUAACGAAUUAACAAAAGUGACUUGUUCAUUGUUGGACACGAGAAACUCUACACGUAUCGCAAGAGGAAAAAAGGGAAAACACAAAAAUAAAAAAAGAGCUGAUUCGCAUACUGAGUAAACUGGAUACGCAUAAGUACUUACUUGUGUUAGAUUACAUUUGCUAAAUUAAGUGUGAAGUAUUGAAGUUAGAAUCUGUCCAAUUUGCAUUGCUGUAUGUAUCUAUCAUAAGAUUUAUCUUAUGUGUUGCGUGUUGUCAUUUAUGUAUGAGUAUGGAUGUCUUUGCAUGUGUGCGCGCGCGCUGUGUGUGUGUGUGUGUGUGUGUGUGUGUGUGUGUGUGUGUGUGUGUGUGUGUGACGAUCGAGCUAGUAAUUUGUUAAUUUAUGUUGCUACUAUUGAUAGUUUACAUUCUCCAGUAAUUGUAUAAUUCAUGUUAUCGUCAUUAAAGAUAAUGCAAUACACCGAAAUAUGUCCUACGGUUAAAUAUUGUAACAGUAGUAUGCCUUAUUGUGCCACUGGAUCUUCGUCUUUCUGCUUUCAAAGGGAGAAAGAUUUAUGAAAAAUCGAAGAUACAGAUUUCGUUGUACAUCCACGAUCUACACUGCUGGAUAAAACGAUUAGACACUUUAGUGAAUUUUCAUAAAUGCCUUUAUAAGUCAAUAACUUUAGCGAAUUAAAAGUUAGAUUUCACGUAAGCGACAAGACAUUCACAAAAGGGUUAUAUAAGAUAACUAAGUAAAGAUUUACUUAAAAAAUGAUUGAAAUUAAAAAAAUAAUUUGUGAAGUAACUUUGUUAUUAAUACAAGAAGAGUAUUAAAAUUUUAUUUUUAUUUAUAAACGUUUUUCUAAGAGGAUAUUUUAUAAUUUAAUCUAAUUAAAACUCCGUCAAUUCUCUUUUAGUUAAAAAUUGAUUGCAAAUUUCACUUAUUGAAAUAUUUUAACAUUGAUAUUUUUAUCUGCUACAAUAAUGGUAUUUAGUGUAAACUUGUAUCUCAAUAAUUUUUCAUGGUGUUUUAUCAUUAUGUCCAGCAAUGUAUUAUAUAUCUACGUGUUAUAUCUAACGAUGGGCAUUCGAUUCUCCUUGCAAGUUUUCAAGCAAUUCAAUUAACAUAAAAUUUCGAAUAAUUUUGAAUAUUAUUAUAGAUUAUGAAUUUUAGUAAAUCUUUAACAUCUUAAAGAACUUGCUAGUUUUAAGGAAUCUUUAAAAUUUUUUAAAUUCUUAAAAUAAUUGUCGAAAAUCUUUGAUUUGAUUUUAAUUAAAAAUCCCCAGAUAUACACAUUUCGUAUAUAUGUCGUAUACAUGCAUUUAUCAUAUUAAAAAUUUUUAAUAAACACAAAUAAGCACACAAGAUACUUGAAACUGAGAAGGUUUUUAAAGCUUUUAUUUUUCACUAGUUUUUUUAUUUCAAAUAAUAUUCGAAAUAAUUCGAAACUCUCGUAAUGGAUUCUAAGCACUUGUUUUAUUCCAUCACUAACUACAUCGCGAUUCUAGUCCAGAGUGGCAUGCGAUAUAAAGAAAUAUUUCCGACCAAAUAGCAUGUAUCGAAUCCAAGUUGACGGCGUUAAUAACAUUCGUAACAGCUAAUAAUGUGCCAGUAAUACUUAGUUUUCUCGUUUGAUUCAUGUUUUUCUUUGUGCAACGAUAUAUUUUUAAUGUUUUUAAUUUAUCAAAUGUAGCGUUAGUAGCUAUUGUGUAUAUAUUAGCAAUGUGUCAUUGUGCACAUAACAGUGCACGUUGCAUCGGACCAAUUUCAAGGAGCAAUUGGGCUUGCGACUAUCUUUUCUUGCUUUUACUCGUAUUCCUUUUCACCGUUUAUAGCUUCAGCGUAUAUUCUUCACUGAUGUAAAAACCCACGUAUGGAAUUUCAAACUAUCAUGCAUCGCUAAUAACUUUACUGUCCCUGCCAUAAAUCACGGUGAUUUUAAACAUUAUUUUUAUGCAUGCCUGCACCGCGGCUGUAAACUUUAUAUGAAAUUAGAGCUGUAUACAUGGUUCGACAGAUAUUUGCGAAAAGGAAAUUUUCAAGUAAUUCUCAAAUCUCUGCAUUAAUUAAGGAAAGCAAUACGAGUCUCAAACUCGAUUGCGUGCUGACAAUCGUCCGGUGUCAUCAUACGAAAAUGUUUGUAUUAUCAAAAGUAUUGUCGUAUUUUCUGUCUUUAUUUCUUCUUUUAGAAAUAUCUAUUAGCAUUUAAAUAUUGAUACUCUCUUCGUUCUUGAUCCGCACCGCACUUUUUUCUCCAUACUUGGAUGCUAAUAAUAUUAAAUGUUUCGCCACGGAAAAAAAUAUGCUUUUAAAUUUCUUCAGCGACAGCGCGUAAGUGAAAGCGAUGUUAGCGAAGCGUCGCGGAUGCUUACGUUCAAUUAGAUGAUUAGAAUGAAAGAGAAGAGUACACCACUUCCUAUAUGCAAUUAGGUAAAUAUAUAUAUAUAUAAAUCGGGCAAAAGUUAGGACGUUCGAAGGCCCAGAAGUAUGUACGUCUCUCUCUCUCACUCUCUUUCUCUCUUUGCGUGUUCCCGUUGUGUCCCAUUUUUCCAUUACGUCUUCUAAUCAAAGCAUGAUAAAAGAGGAACCUCUCUGAUUGUACUGUGAAUGUUGAAUAAAUUUAGAACAUAUAAUUAGCCUUAUAAAAUGUGUCUGUGUACACGUUGCUUGAAGCGUGUUAUAUACAUAUAGCAGAUAACAUCAGAAUGGUUCUCCUUGUGUUCCAUUAGCAAAGUAAGUCUUUUAGCGAAUUUUUCAGAUGAGUUGUAUCGUUUAAAGCGAAUGUUGUGCCGUUUAAAGCGAAUCGCGUCAAAGUUUACAGCAAAAUGUAUUUUUCAUUUUGUAAUCUGUUCGACGACGUAUCCGUCUAGUGUGUUGAAAUUCUUUAUAUCCGCGGAAGAAGAGAAAUGACAGGAAAAAAAGAGACACACACAUUGAGAUACGUAGCCGUUCUUCAAGAGAAUCGGUAUAUCCGCAUACAUAUCGCUUAUUUUAUAUUUCAAUAAAACUCCGCAAUGUUUCUUUUAAACGCGCGUGUAUAGCUAUAUUAUUGUUAUUAUCCAGUCCGUACCCCAUACGUUUAAUAAUAUUGUUUGGAGUGCGGCCCUCCCUCCUGUAUAUUUAAUAGAUUUUAUACACAUAUGCGCAUACGUAGGAACGUUACUAGGUAUAACAAACUGUUGUAAAUUACAAGAUAGCACGUACUUAACGCCCCUUUGUUUCGUAAUGUGUUAUAGUAUUGUAUGGCGAAAUAUGUGCAUAUAUACAUAUGUGUAUGUAUGUAUAUGUAUAUAUACAUAUAUAAAAUACAUACGUGUGUAUAUAUGUGCGUAUACCUAUAGUAUAUUGUACACAAUUGUUUUAUAUAUAUAUAUAUAUAUAUAUAUAUAUAUAUAUAUAUAUAUAUAUAUGUAUGUAUGUAUAUAUAUAGCAUGUAUAUCUAAAGUGCAUAUACAUUGUACACAUUGGAUAUGCAUGCAAAUAUACGAAUAUAUAUAAAAUAUCAGUAUAUAUAUGUAUGUCGACACUCGUUUCCAGCUGGUCUGAUCGGGUAUCAUUCUAAUAAUUAUAAUGUGUUGACCUGAUAGCGAUACGAUUCGAGGUAAUCUGGAGCCGAAUGCGCAAUCGCACGAUCCGAUUUAUUGUACGAUAUGACGCAGAUGUAUGUCCAUAUAUAAUUUGUUAAUAUAUAUCAAGAAGUAAAUAGAUUUUACUAAAGAUUUCUGUAUGCUGAGCAGCAGGUUUAUCUACAUACAAUAGAUGUAAACCGAGGGUAAUAUCGAUAAUCGAAGGACGAGGGCAAAUCGAACGUGUAUUUGUGCGCACGCUUUGUAUAAAUUUGUAAGACGCGCGAUCACAUGUCGUCCAGUCUCUUUUUCUCUUUCGAUAAUACAAAAGUUGAUUUGUACAAAGAAAUCUCGUUGCAGGCGCUUACAGACUUGUAAUAACUAUUAUGCUUAUAUUAUGUGGGCCAAGAUGAAGCAAUUGAUACAUGAAAAUCAGAAAGUUCGCCUUUAUAUGCCUGUAUCUCAGCGACACUUGUCAACUAAUUAUGUUUCUUAUUGAAUUAUUUAUGAUCAUUAUAUUCGACGAAGCAAAUGGCAAUGUCUUUAGACAUAUUUUUAUCUAAUAUUCAUAUUCAUUAGAACCAAAGAUUCGAAUCUCUUAUUAAAAAAUGAUCCUAAUUUGAAAGAUUAUAAAUUAUCAUGCCAAGUUCUUUCUCAUUGAAUAUUUUAUAAUUAAAUAUCUUUUCUAAAUGUUUUCUGCUCGAUACAAAAGUGGGAAACAGAUUUCUAGCGGUAUAUCUAUAUAUGUUCAACGACACGUACUAGUAUUGGCAAUAUUGAGCCACAUUGAGAAAUUGAAAUUAUACGAAUAAGCUUGUUCAUGCAUACAGCUGAUGUAAUUAUUAUUAUACUCUUCUCGUACAGAAUGUCGUAGAAAAGUUGGACGCUGUUUUAAACGUUGUGCUUAUUGAAAUAAGCAAAGUAACUUAAAGAGAAAAAAAAUCAAGUCUCUUAAAUUACGUUAUAAUUGUAAUUUUUGCGCCUUUUUCAUUCUCAGUUCGCUGCCGUAUGAAACUUUUGCUAUCGCAACGUUCCAUUUAAACAGCUUCCAAAUACUUUCCGCGACGUGUACACGUCUCGUCACGCGUAAGCUGAGCUCGGACGUUUAUGUGCGUAUUUUCGCGAUGGAGCCUAAGCGCGGUUGUAAACCAAAGUCAAGUCUCAGAUGCAUACAAUGGAAAAUAAAUAUUUGGUGUGUCUCCCUUUAUGCUUGAUCAGCUAACAUUUCGUACACGCUUGUCACACAGCGUCACUGCCCGAGAUUAAGUAGCGGCAUUUGAUAUAUCCCCUGUGUAACACCAUAUUUCACAGUCGUCGUGAUUUUUCAUACAUCUCGGCACAAAGAAUUCUAUAGAAGGAUGUAUAUUCAGUUCGCCAGAAAACUUCUCGUGUCCCAUUCGCGAGGCUUCGCCUCUUGCUCUCAUUCGGUGGUUCUGCAAAACAUCGUCCGGGUGAUCCUAUUUUUUCUAGCAAACGCCCCGGUACGUUGUACAAUCUUAUAUGAAAUAACCGGAUGCGAGUUUGUAUUCGAGCAGCGAGCAACAAUAUACACUUGGUAUACUAUGAAUAGAUAGCAUAAUAAAGUGAGAAUAUAAUAAAUGAAUGGACCUGUACAAAAGUCUAUUAUAUUUAUUAUUAUUAUUAUUAUUAUUAUUGGUAACUCACGUUUACGCACAGUUACUUUCGAUUCUCAUCACUAUGAAAAACAAACUAUUUUAAGUGAAAUACGAAGAUAAAUGUUUUGCGUACUACGAGAAUUGCCAACAUCCCUGUUGUAAUUUAAAACCACUGAAAUUAGAAUUAAAUAAAGUCAAUAUAAAUAGAAA